AUGACGUAGUAUAAAGGAGAGGAGGCGUGGCUGCAGCACGCAAUGUCGCACAUCCCCCGAGUCGGCCUCGCUUUACGGCCGCGUCGCACGGCGCUCCUCCUUUUCCUUUCCUCGCUAAGAUGGCGGCGGCCGGGACUCUCUACACUUACCCCGAGAACUGGCGGGCAUUCAAGGUCCUCAUUGCUGCCCAGUACAGUGGCGCCAAGAUCAAGGUCCUCUCCACGCCGCCCCAGUUCCACUUUGGCCAGACCAACAAGACCCCCGAAUUCCUGAAGAAAUUCCCAGUCGGGAAGGUCCCAGCCUUCGAAGGGGAUGAUGGAUUCUGCGUGUUUGAGAGCAAUGCCAUCGCACACUACGUCAGCAAUGAAGAGCUACGAGGACCAACCAAGGAAGCUGCUUCCCAGAUCAUCCAGUGGGUGAGCUUCGCUGACAGUGACAUUGUGCCGCCGGCCAGUACUUGGGUCUUCCCAACGCUGGGCAUCAUGCAUUAUAACAAGCAGGCCACAGAGAGCGCAAAGGAGGAAGUGAAGCGGAUUCUGAGCCUCCUUGACUCCCACCUGAAGACCAGGACGUUUCUGGUGGGCGAGCGCAUCACUCUGGCUGAUAUCACAGUGGUCUGCACUCUCCUCUGGCUGUACAAACAGGUUUUGGAGCCGUCCUUCCGCCAACCUUACGAAAAUGUGAACCGUUGGUUUGUGACCUGUAUAAAUCAGCCACAGUUCAAGACUGUCCUGGGAGAGGUGAAGCUGUGUGAGAAAAUGGCCCAGUUUGAUGCUAAGAAGUUUGCUGAAAAUCAGCCCAAGAAGGAAGCACCCAAGAAAGAGAAGCAGCCCAAAGAGGAAAAGAAGGCCGAUAAGAAAGAGGAGAAGAAGCCAGAGCCUGAGGAAGAGAUGGAUGAGUGUGAGCAGGCCUUGGCAGCUGAGCCCAAAUCCAAAGACCCCUUUGCUCACCUCCCCAAGAGUCCCUUCGUCAUGGAUGAGUUCAAGCGGAAGUACUCCAACGAGGACACCCUGACUGUGGCCCUUCCCCACUUCUGGGAGCAUUUUGACAAGGAGGGCUGGUCCAUCUGGUACGCGGAGUACCGCUUCCCUGAGGAGCUGGCGCAGACGUUCAUGAGUUGCAACCUAAUCACCGGCAUGUUCCAGCGUCUGGACAAACUGCGCAAGAACGCCUUUGCUUCCGUCAUCCUCUUUGGCACCAACAACGACAGCAGCAUCUCGGGUCUGUGGGUCUUCCGUGGGCAGGAGCUGGCCUUUCCGCUGAGCCCCGAUUGGCAGGUGGACUACGAAUCCUACACUUGGAGGAAGCUGGACCCCGAGAGCGAGGAAUGCAAGACGCUGGUGAAGGAGUACUUCCUAUGGGAAGGGGAGUUCAAGCAUGUCGGCAAAGCCGUCAACCAGGGCAAGAUCUUCAAGUAAUGCCGCGGCUGGGGGCGGCCCGGAACUGUUCCCCAGACAUGGACCUAAUGAGGGACACAUUUCCAGAGUGGCAUUCGCCGCCCGAAGUAGAAACAAGACAGGAAAGAGAUCGCAACAACAGUCUUCAGACGUGAAUUAAAAGCCUGAGUGUGC